CAGUGCCACAUCAGCAGUGCCACGUCAGCCACAGUGCCACGUCAGCAGUGACCCGCCACCAUGACGGGCACAGCUCUGGGCAUGCCAGACCAACUGGCCAACGAGUCUAUUGCCGACUACAAACAGCGGUUCCAGACUCAGCUCGCACUAAUCGAGGCUGAGGAACAGCGCCAGCUGGCAGCCGAGGCCGCCCACCUACAGGCUGAAGCAGCGGCAACAGCUGAGAAGCAGCGGCUACAGGCCGAAGCAAACGCAGAUACCCAGGCACGCCGCAAGGAGGCCCAGGAUCUGCUGCAGCGGCAUGAAGCCGCCAACAUCGAAAGACUCAAGUAUUGGCACUUCGAACCAUCUGACGACCACGAGGACGCAUUACCGGAAGAGCAGCACAAGGAGUUCCUCUCCAAACUCAGCCACGAGGAUGCUACACGGGCACUCAAUUCCCGUGUGCUGGACCUGGAGCAAGCUGUACCAGGACCAGAUGUUGGUGUGUCCAGCAGUGCACCCUCUAACCGCCAACUGGAGGAACGCGUCGACCACGUCGUCACAUUGCUCGGCGACAUCAGCACCUUCGCUGCGCCAACCAUCAGCAAACAGCUGGAUACAUUGAAGACCGAGGUUCAGCAACUGCAGUUGCCUAACAAGGAUGGAAACAACACAACGCAUUAUAAGAUGCCGACAUUUCAAAUCAAGAAGUUUGAUGACUACACGCAUCAAGAUCCGGUCCUCUGGUGGGAAGGCUUUACGACGCAGCUGCGGAUUCUGUUCGUCGCCAAGCACGCAUACAUCGACGCCCUGUUUCUCAACUCAAAGGGUGGAUGCCAGACCUGGUUAAGCCACCUGGCAUCCACCCACGGCGUCGACGUCGCAGAUCUGAAAGACAAGAUCUCAUGGGAAGAGUUAACACGGCUAUGGAAGAAGCGGUUCAUCGUGGACGACGCACCUGCACUCGCCAUCAACCAUCUCUUCGCCAUGACGCAAGGCAACACAGCAACACGUGACUGGCUCACGGAAUGGCAGAAGAUCGCGGCAACACCCGAUCUGGACUUAUCAUUUCCGCAUUUGCGCCGCGAGUUCUAUAACAUGUCAUGUGCUGCAUUGAGCCUUGCACUUGGUGAUCGCGAGCAUAUGCAACCUUCGCUGAAAUCAUUGACAAGCCGAGGGAAAUCAUCAAGACCAACAGGGCGGCUGCACACGAGAAGUCAACGUGGCAGCCAACCUAUGUGGAGAAGACUUGAAGAGCUCGACCCAUUGACAUUUGCGGACUUCCAAUGGAUGCCCCUUCCCCGGUCCGGUCGAUUGCCGAAACCGCAUUGCAACGUGCUCAUGGCACAAUUGCGGGAUUACUUGCACACUGCAGUACCGACUCCGUUGAUGGACGCCGAAGUAGAGGUUGUCGACCUUCACGCCUACAUUGCGAAGACCGACCGCGAGUUCAAGACGCAACGGUACGACGACAUCGACGUACCAUUGUUAUAUGUACGCAUUCAGAUCGGAGAGGCGACCUACAGCGCUUUGAUCGAUUGCGGAGCAUCUCGCAACUACAUCAGCCAGGACUUCAUAGUGCGCGCCGGCCUUGGCCCACGCGUCUGGAGGAAGUCCCAGCCCAUGCAAGUCACGUUGGCAGACGGUCACACGCACAAGUCAAUCGACCGGUGCAUUGAUGACGUCCCAGUGUACUUUGCCCCUCACGCAAGUGAGGCGGUGUCCUUUGACAUUCUGGACACCAAAUUCGACAUGAUCUUGGGCAUGCCAUGGCUGCGAAGCGAGGACCACCCGGUGAACUUCUACCGCCGCACCGUUCACGUUCGUGAUCGGAACGGAGUACUAGUCCCAUGCACGGUGGUUCCUCCUCACCCUUCUAUCAGCUGCCACGUGGUAUCUGCCGCAAGCAUGCGAGCUUCCAUCAUCAAAGACAGCAUCGAGGAGAUGGGGGUGUGUUUUCUCCACGCCCUCCCGCCCCAUGACGCUUCACCAACGGACUCAUCUUCGGAUCCACGUAUCACCGAGCUUCUCGACGCCUACCGCGACGUGUUCGAAGGCCCGCACGGAGUAGUACCGGAUCGGCCCAUCCGCCACGAGAUCAUCCUCGAGGACGGGGUCGUACCUCUGCGCGGUUGCAUCUACCGAAUGAGCGAGGAAGAGUUAAGUGUGCUUCGGGCACAACUCGACGACCUUCUGGAGAAAGGCUGGAUUCGGCCUAGCUCAUCGUCAUACGGUGCUCCUAUUCUCUUCGUCCGGAAGAAGAACAAGGAUUUGCGGUUGUGCAUUGAUUAUCGCAAGCUCAACGUGCAAACGAUCAGAAACGCCGGCCCUCUCCCACACAUUGACGACCUUCUCAAGCGACUGGGCGGCGCCAAGUUCUUCUCCAAGCUGGACCUCAAGUUGGGAUAUCACCAACUUGAGAUUCGGAAGGAGGACCGCUACAAGACUGCGUUUAAGACGCGAUAUGGGCAUUUCGAAUGGCUGGUUAUGCCAUUUGGCCUUACGAAUGCCCCGGCCACUUUCCAGGCGGCUAUGAUAAUGGAGUUCCGACACAUGCUGGAUCGUUUCGUACUUAUCUACCUCGACGACAUCCUGGUGUACAGUCGGAGUUUGGAGGAGCAUGUGGAACACCUGCGCACCGUUUUGGAGCGGCUACGACAAGAAGCCAACUGCGACAAAUGCGAAUUCGCGCGGCGGGAGCUGGAGUACUUGGGACAUUAUGUGACGCCGCAAGGCAUCCGUCCGCUCGCGGACAAGAUCGAGGCCCUCCGCGUAUGGCUCGAGCCCACCAACACCACGGACAUUCGUUCCUUCAUGGGGUUGGCGGGCUACUAUCAACGAUUCAUCACCGGAUACUCAAGGAUUGUUGCACCUAUGAUGAGAUUACAAUCGCCAAAGGUGCCAUUCGUAUUCGAUGACGACGCACGCAGGUCAUUCCAAGCACUUAAUUCGGCCAUGCUCAUGGGACCCGUCCUUAGCAUCUAUGACCCCACCCUGCCAACGAGAGUGACAACUGACGCUUCCGGCUAUGGCAUUGGGGCAGUCUUGGAACAACACGACGGCAACGACUGGCACCCUGUGGAGUAUUUCAGCCACAAAGUGUCUCCCAUCAACUCGCUUGAUGAUGCAAGGAAGAAGGAGUUGCUCGCAUUCGUCAUGGCCCUCAAGCGAUGGCGGCACUUCCUCCUUGGGCAUCGUAGGUUCACAUGGGUUAUGGACAACAACCCACUGACUUACUACAAGACGCAGGAUACGGUGAGCAGCACGAUCGGACGAUGGAUGUACUUCAUCGACCAAUUUGACUUCACACCGAAACAUCUUCCCGGCCUCUCCAAUCGUGCAGCAGAUGCACUCUCACGAAAACCUGAUCUUUGCGCUAUGACACAUCAUGCCUUCGCAUUCGACGAGGAACUUCAGCGACACUUCAUCCGGGGAUAUGAGUCGGAUCCGGACUUCGCCACGUUGUAUGCGCAGUUAUUUUCGGAUCACCCGCCGGCCAGCCACUAUCACAUUGCCGACGGGUACUUGCUCCUCCACUCGAGAGGCAAGGACUUAUUGUGUGUGGCACGAGACUGUCGUCUCCGGACUCGCCUUCUCGGCGAGUACCAUGACUCGCGACUCGCCGGCCAUUUAGGAGUCAACCGCACCAUUGCACGGCUUCGAAAACGAUUCCAUGGCCCGGCCUCAUUACCGAUGUCACUCGGUAUUGCGACUCUUGCGAAGUUUGCUGACGAAGCAAGCCCCGCAAUCGCAACCCCUACGGCGAGUUGCACCCGAUGCCUAUCCCACGGGAACCCGACCUCUCCAUUGCCAUGCAUGUCACCGAACCAUUUCCUCGUGAUCGCCUCGGGACCGACGGCAUCCUCACGGUUGUGGAUCAUUUGAGUAAAGUAUGCGCGUUUUCUCCCUUGCAAAUACUACUCCACGGCUCCCGAGCUGGCACGCCUCUUGCACACCGAUUGG